GCCAAACUGCAUCAAAGUGGACAUUAAUGGUUGUAAAGAUGCGUGGGAUCUUUGCUAGUUGUGUCCUGGCAGCGCUGUUGCUGGCUGAAGUCUGGGCCGACCACCACGGGCACCACGACCACGGCUCUAAUCACAGCGAUGAAGGCCAGCCGAGCUACUUCAAGCUGUCCCGUCCCAAUGCUGACUUUGCCUUUGCCCUCUACAAAAACCUGAAUGCCAAAACUGAUGCUGGAAAGAACAUCUUCUACUCACCGCUGGGCAUCUCCACCAACCAGAGUCAGGUCGAUGUAGCCUAUGAGCGUCUUUUCCACGAGGUUGGCCGCAGCCAGGACAACCAGACGCUGGAUGUCGGUAAUGCUGUUGUAGUGCGCACUGGUUUCAAUCCUUUGGAGAAUUUCUUGACAGAAAUCAAAAACCACUACUCCGGUGACCUUUUCAACGUCGACUUAGACAACGCUGCUGAGGCUGUAGCCAAGCUCAACACAUACAUUGCUAAUAAGACCCAUGACAGAAUCAAAGACAUGGUGAAGGAAUUCGACCAGGACAUGGACAUGAUGCUCAUUAACUAUGUCUACUUUAAAGGAAAAUGGGAGAACCCCUUCAGAAACGUAGUGACACACAAGGCAGACUUCCAUGUGGAUGAGAACACCAAAGUUCAGGUGGACAUGAUGACAAAAACAGGAUCCUUCAACACCUACUUCGAUGCUGACAACAACGCCACCGUCAUCAUGCUGCCAUACAAAGGAACCACCUCCAUGAUGAUCGUUCUGCCUGAUGAAGGCAAGAUGAAGGAGGUGGAAGGACGCAUCAGCAAGGAACACCUCAUGCACUGGAGACGCUCAGGCUCCAUGAAGCAUAUUGCCUUUGAUUUGCCAACAUUUUCCAUCUCUGCUGACACCUGCCUGAAAGACACGUUGAAAGAAAUGGGCAUAACCAAAGCUUUUGAGGAUGACGCUGAUUUCUCCGGGAUAUCGGGUGACACAAAGCUCAAACUCUCAAGGGUGUCCCACAGGGCUUCGCUGAGUGUCACCGAGGAGGGGACAGAGGAAGUGGACACCACCACCUUGGCGCCAGUGUCGCUUAAUGUGCCACUGAAAGUCGCAGUUGACAGACCCUUCUUGGUUUUUGUCCUGGACAGCUCUGUGAAGAGCAUCCUCUUCAUGGGCAAGAUCAACAACCCCACACUCAUAUAAACCUGUGAAAUGACAAUUGCAAUCAACAGUGUUGCCAUGAGAAUUCUAUCAUGAUCAAAUUCAUUUACUAUUUCCCCACUACAAUAAAACUGUAGUACUUGUACAUUUACUUGGAUUUUUGGAUUUUUGGACGACAGUCUACAAAAAUCUUAUUAAAGAACAGCUUCUGAGAA